CAUUCGACUUAGAUAGUUUGAAAUUCACUACUGUUCAAAAAGGUCUUCGAAUUUGACUGGGAAAAUGAGGUGCCUAGCAAUGGUUGCUUUGAUUUGCACGGUAUUGGCAGCGAUGUUGUACUCAGUCAAUGCUCAAAUGCCCCAAAUGCCCCAAAUGCCGCAAAUGCCUCAAAUGCCUGGGAUGCCUGGAAUGCCUGGUGGUAAUAAUGGCCUAAUCGAUCGUGCACGUCGCUCAGCCCAAGGCGGUGGCGGCGGUGCAGGUGGUGGUGCUGGUGCUGGUGGCGGUAUGGGAUUUGGCAUGGGUGCUAAUAUGGGUGGAGGAGCACAAGGAGGUGGUCAGGGUGGCCAUUAAUUUUUUUCUUGUUCAAAUAUUUAAUACAAUAAAACAGAGCAGUACAGAUACAUAUUGAGAUAUUUUAA